AUGUCAAUUGAUCCUGAAACGCGUAGAAAGUUGUUAUUAUUACAAAAAACCGGAGAAAACAAGAAAUGUUUCGAUUGUUCCGCCCACAAUCCACAAUGGGCCUCUCCUAAAUUUGGUAUUUUCAUCUGUUUAGAGUGUGCUGGGAUCCAUCGAGGCUUAGGUGUUCAUAUUUCCUUUGUUAGAUCGAUAACCAUGGAUCAAUUCAAGCCUGAGGAAACCAUGAGAAUGGAAAUCGGUGGUAAUGAAAGAUUAAAGAAUUAUUUUGUUUCCAACGGUGUUGAUUUAACUUUACCUGCCAAGGCCAAGUAUGAUAAUUAUGUUGCUGAAGAUUACAAGGAAUUAUUAACUUGUGAAGUUGAAGGAAGAGAAUUUGUUCCUAAGGAUCAUUCCGGUAAGCAAUUACCAGAUUCAAGAACUUCUUCAACUGCGUCUAUCCCAUCACAAGUUGGUGGCCAAUCCACUCCUCAAGGACGUUCAACUCCACUUUUAUCACAAGAACAAAGACAAAAAAAUGAAAAUUAUUUUGCUGAAUUGGGUUCAAGAAACAACCUGAGACCAGAUCAUUUACCACCAUCUCAAGGUGGGAAGUACGGUGGAUUUGGUAAUACCCCUACUCCACAACCAGCUAACAACAGUGUUUCAAGUUUGAGUUUAGACAAUCUCCAAAAAGAUCCUUUGGGUACUUUAACUAAAGGUUGGGGAUUGUUUUCUUCUACCGUAGUUAAAUCCGUGGCUGAAGUUAAUGAAAGUGUUAUUAAGCCAGGUAUAAGUACUAUUCAAUCUAGUGAGUUUGGUAAUGAGGCUAAAAGGGCCAUGGCCCAAUUUGGACAAAAAAUGCAAGAAACUGGAAAGUAUGGUCAAGAAACUUUCCAGAGCUUUACCAAUGACAUCAAUCAACAAGGUUUAAACAAGACUAUUGAUAAUAGAUUUGGUGCUCUUUUUGGCGGUGCCAAGCAACCAGUUCCACCUGCUUUUGGAGUUAAUAAACCUGAUCAUAAAACUCAAUACCAAAGUUUGUCUCUGGGUCCUGCUAAAAAAGAGGAUGACGAAGAUAAAUGGGAUGACUUUUAA